AAUCCCAUAAAUCCCAUACCAAGAUGGGAAGAAGAAGAAGACGAGUGGAUAAUACUAUUAGUAGUGGAGGUCCUAGAGGAGAUGGCCGAAGUGGUGGAUUCUACACCAACACCAACCUUUGAUAUUCCGGAGGACAUACUCUCGGUGCUCCCGUCGGAUCCCUUCGACCAACUGGAUGUGGCUCGUAAGAUCACAUCCAUCGCCCUUUCGACACGUAUCUCUAAUCUCGAAUCUGAAUGCUCCCGUCUCCGUUCUUAUCUCGACCAAAAGGAUGACCUCAUCUCUGACCUCCAAGCUCAGGUCCACUCUCUCGAUGCUUCUCUCUCUGAAACCGCCGAUCGUCUCGCCCUAGCCGAUCAGGAAAAGGAGAAUCUGUUGAAGGAGAAUGCUUCCCUGUCCAGUACUGUUAAGAAACUCAAUCGAGAUGUUUCCAAGUUGGAAAGCUUCAGGAAAACCCUUAUGCAGUCACUUGAAGAGGAGGACGACAAUUCUGCACGAGGCUCCCAAGUUGUUGCAAAGAAAAUAUCUAGCCAUGAGAGCCUAUCUUCUGCAUCACUUUUUGGAGAAGAGGAAGCUACAUUAGCACCAUCAAAAUCAUCUUCAAUCCGAAGUCAGUUCUCAGAAGCAGGAAAUUCGUUUACUGAGGAUAGUGAGAUAGAUGCCUCAAGACCUCGUAUAUCCCAAGGCCUUUUAUUAGCAUCCCAAACUAGCACUCCAAGGUUUACUCCUCCAAGUUCCCCGCCGAGUUUCUCUGCAUCAGCAUCUCCAACAAGAACAUCUAAACCAGCGUCGCCAAGGCGACAUUCAAUUUCAUUUGCAACCACAAGAGGCAUGUUUGAUGAUAGGGCUUCAAUAUUUUCUUCUGUGCCAUCAAGCCAACACAGUUCAAUAACGAGCUCUGCUGACAUAGGAUUUCAAACUGGACGAACUCGAGUUGAUGGGAAAGAGUUCUUCCGCCAAGUCCGGACACGUCUAUCUUAUGAGCAGUUUGGAGCAUUUCUUGCAAAUGUCAAGGAAUUAAAUUCUCACAAGCAAACAAGAGAGGAAACUCUACGGAAAUCAGAUGAGAUAUUUGGUCCGGAUAAUAAGGACCUUUACACCAUAUUUGAAGGAUUAAUCACCCGCAACAUUCAUUAAAUUAAUGCAAUUGUAACCAAUCCAAGUCUUACUGUUUGUUGUGCCAACCCCAAUUUCUUAAAUCUCUACAUAAAUAAGGUAACUACUUGGUGUCACCGUACAAUUCUAUGUAUAAUCCUUCUUCGAUCAGUAUGUUUUGUAAUUUAUUUAAUUGUGAAUCUUGAUACACAAUGCCAGAGAUCAAACCGCAAGAAAUCAGUUGCUUGUACUGUUCCUAAGCAUUUGCUUCGAUGACAAACCAAAUGAUGAAAGAUAUAUAACAGUGCAGUGACAUCUUUGGAGUCU